AGACAAUUGCACAACGGAUAUACACGAUAACGUGUCCUGUAAGGCAAUGGCAACCAACAUUUCACAAACAAAUACAAUAGAUUUAGCUAUACGGCAGUACGUUGAAUUCGAAGCAUAUGUGCGAAUCAUCAUCCCUAUUAUUUUUGGACUGAUUUUUGUGCUAGGGUUGAUUGGAAACUCAUUGGUUAUUUUUGUUAUAUUAAAACAUGAACAAAUGCGCAACACUACAAACAUUUUAAUAUUGAACCUGGCUAUAGCUGAUUUGUGUUUUAUCAUAUUUUGUGUUCCAUUUACCGCAACUGGAUAUGUAUUUACUCAAUGGCCUUUUGGAACUGCAUGGUGCAAAAUUGUACAUUACACAAUUUAUGUCUGUGCUUAUGCUAGUUUCUAUACGCUUGUUUUAAUGUCUUUUGACCGGUAUUUAGCAGUGGUUCAUCCAAUUUCGUCAAUGUCGUACAGAACAAAAUGGAACACCCUACGGAUCAUUAUUGCACUUUGGGUUAUCAUUCUAGGUGGACACGUACCACUUCUUUUUCAAAAUGAUGUGAUUUCUUAUGAAUACAACAAUGAGCUAAGAACGACGUGUCUUAACGAAGAAACAAUUUUCGAGCCGUAUUCUGCCAAAGUCUUCUAUGGGACGUUUUUUGUUUUUGGGUAUGCUGUACCGUUGUCAUUGAUAUGUAUCUUGUAUGGCUUCAUGUUGAAGCGCCUCUUGUAUGGGGCUGUUCCUGGUGGAUCAAAAAGAGCUGAAAAAAUCCGUUCAAAGAAACGAGUCACAAAGAUGGUGGUGAUUGUCGUUGUAAUAUUUGCCCUCUGUUGGUUGCCGUUACAAAUUGUGUUUAUGAUUAAACACUUUGGCAUGUUUAACGACAGCGUAACCUUCGUUGCCAUUCAGAUGGCUUCCAAUGGGCUUGCGUACAUGAAUUCCUGUGUAAACCCCAUUUUGUACUCGUUUUUGUCCGAACAUUUCCGGCGAAGUUUCCGGAAAAUUCUAUGCUUUGGCUAUAGCAAAUAUGAGAACAGAACUGUAAACAUGGAAAUGAAAGAAAGACCAACGAUACCUCCCACAUGAGCAUAUGUGCGACGGUGCACUAUUUGGAAGUUUGAUCUGACCCCUUGGUCAAAUGUUAUGGGUAAAUAAAUGGGUAAAAUGGGUAAAAAACUCAUUUUACUAUCAACAUGCGACGCACAAGAUACUAACUUUUGACCCAGGGGUCAUAUCAAAAUUCCAAAUAGUGCACCGUCGCAUAUAUGCUCAUAGCUACCAUGUGUGUAAGUUUCAAGGUUAUAGUGCUAAUAGUGUAGGAGGAGAUAGUGGCCAAUGGGGGUUGGAGUGGGGCCCAAAACUUUGUUUUAACAUAACGUCUUCAUUUUUUCACCAAUUGACUUCCAAUUAAUACUGAACAUAUCUUAUGACAACACGGUCUAUCUCGACCAUCCAUGUCCACACUACCCACCUCGGGGCUCAACCAACAUAGGCAUUGCCUACCCAAAAUUGCCUUUUAAUAUAACAUUUAUGCGGCGUGGGGAUACCCGUCGGCUUCUGCCGCGCUAUUUCUAGUUUUAUUCUUGAAAUUUUACUGGGGCUUUUGAGACCAAAUGUUUACAUUUAUGAUUGUCAAGCAUAUAAUGACAAACUUCAAUACAUGCCACAAUUUGUGAAAAAGGUCUAUUUAAAAGACUUCCAAUCUCGUAGGAUGAAAUAACUAAAUGCACAGUUUGCUGUCAUUUUUUAAGACAAACUCUCAUCCGUAUUUGAAAAAGACUAUUACACAUGUUUUAUGUUAAAUGUUAAAUUGUAUAAAAACAAGUAAAUAUAUGAAUGCGUAAACAUAGUACCAACCUGAUUUUGAAAAGAUAAAUUCAUACAUAAGUUUACACUGUUUUGCAACUAUGUAUUGUAUUAUGUGAGUUAACAAUUUUAAAAUUACAUGAUUACGGAGGGAUAUUUAGUUUGUACUGCAGUUAUAUUAUUUAUUGUAUUUACUCUACCAAUUUAUAUUUACAUUUUUUGAAAUAUAUAUGUA